CGUGCCAUUUUGGCCGUUACGAGUAAACAUAUCACUCGCAAUUCGCUUUUACCUAAAGAUUUCACCGAUUCAAUGGCCGGAAAAAGUAGAAUUCUGUUCAUUGGAGGUACUGGAUACAUCGGAAAAUUCAUCGUCGAGGCUAGUGCUAAAGCUGGUCACGACACCUUUGUGUUGGUCAGAGAAUCCACACUUUCCAAUCCUACCAAAACCAAACUCAUUGAUACUUUCAAGAGUGUUGGUGUCACUUUCGUCCAUGGAGAUUUAUACGAUCAUGAGAGUUUGGUGAAGGCGAUAAAGCAGGUGGACGUUGUGAUUUCAACUGUAGGUCAUGCCCUGUUAGCUGAUCAGGUCAAGAUCAUUGCUGCUAUCAAGGAAGCUGGUAAUGUCAAGAGAUUCUUUCCUUCUGAAUUUGGGAAUGAUGUAGACCGUGUCCACGCUGUUGAGCCUGCUAAAACAGCAUUCAAAACCAAAGCUCAAAUUCGCCGUGCUAUUGAGGCUGAAGGAAUACCAUUCACUUAUGUGGCCAACUUCUUUUUUGCUGGUUAUUUUCUUCCAAAUUUAGCACAGCCUGGAGCUUCAGGUCCUCCUACAGACAAAGUUGUCAUCUUAGGAGAUGGCAAUACUAAAGCUGUUUUUAACAAGGAAGAAGACAUUGCUACCUAUACCAUCAAGGCUGUUGAUGAUCCAAAAACACUGAACAAAAUACUUUACAUUAGGCCACCACAUAAUAUAAUUACACUAAAUGAGGUUAUAUCGUUGUGGGAGAAGAAAAUCGGAAAGAACCUUGAAAGAGUAUACGUACCCGAGGAACAAGUUCUCAAGAACAUACAAGAAGCCUCGUUUCCAUUGAACGUGAUAUUAUCGAUCUCUCACACUGCUUUUGUGAAGGGUGACCACACUAAUUUUGCAAUUGAACCGUCAUUUGGAUUGGAGGCAUCAGAGGCUUAUCCUGAUGUUAAAUAUACCCCAGUAGAUGAGAUUCUCAACCAAUAUGUGUGAAUAUUUAGAGUUCCUUGCUGUUAAGCAUAUGUAGCUUCCUACCUUUCUGUGAUGUACAAUGUUUGUUUUCAGUUUUAAUUCAUUUGAGAUAUUUCUACAUAGGUACACACCUUUUGGAUGUAUUUGCUUUGAAAAUGCAUGCCUCCUAGUUUCAAGCAGAACAUCUGGGUUGUCUGUUGCUGGGCUUGGUUUUUGGGAAGAUUUGUUUUCUCAGCUAAUUUCUAUGUAUUCUGUGGCAUCCUUUUUUUA